AUGUCUCUUGCUGGGAAAGUGUACGCAGUCACUGGCGGCGCGAGUGGAAUUGGCCUCGCGACUGCCAAGCUUCUGUCACAGCGUGGAGGUAUCGUGUGCAUCGCCGACAUUGAUGUAAAUGCUUUAGCAGCAGCGGAGGCAUACUUUACAGAAAAUAAUGCAACAUUUUGGGCAACUGUUAUGGAUGUAUCCAAAAAGGCUGAAGUGGAGGGCUGGAUUGAUGGUAUCAUCAAAAAAUUCGAUCGAUUGGAUGGCGCCGCUAAUAUCGCUGGCGUCAUCGGCAAGCAUCACUCAUUGCGCUCCAUCUCAGAAAUUGAUGAUGAUGAGUGGGAUAAGAUCAUUGCGGUCAACCUGACAGGUUGCAUGUACUCCCUCAGAGCUGAGCUCAAACUCAUUCAAACCGGUGGCUCUAUUGUCAAUAUGGCCUCCAUACAUGGGAUCACCGGGCUGCCUUUGCAUGGGGCUUACGGUGCCAGCAAACAUGGUGUUGUGGGAUUAACUCGCAUUGCCGCAAAAGAAUGUGGGAAGAGGGAAGUACGCAUCAAUGCUGUUGCGCCGGGAUCUAUUUACACGCCAAUGAUGCAGCAAGCAUGGGAUAUGACAGGACGGGCUUCUGAUGCCCCUUUCGAUGAGCCAACUGCCUUUCAACGACAGGGAAAGCCGGAGGAAGUUGCAAACGUGGUGGCCUUCUUACUCGGACCCGAGAGCACCUUCAUCAGUGGCAGUGUAUACUCUGUGGAUGGAGCAUGGCUUUAA